GGGGCCGGCCGCAGACCUCGCCGGCCUCCAGCGGGAAGCGCGCGGGCGGCGGCCGCGGCGGCGGGAUGGGCGGCCCGGCGCCCCCCGGCUGCGACCCCGCGGACCCUCCCCUCGGCGCGCCGCCUCCGCAGCCGGGCGCUCGAGCGGGCGGCGCGUAGGGCGGCGAGCGGGCUCCGGCCGAGGAGCCGCCGGUUCCCCCCACGCCCCCCCCAACCCCGGCCACUCGGCAGCUCGAGCCGCCGCCCCGGGGCGCUCCCGAGGCCCCGCAGGAGGGACCAUGAAAGCUAUUUUGCAACUUUAAAUAUAGCAUUGGCUCCUGAGAAGACUCUGAAAUCUUUAUUUUUACCGACCCAAUUGGCUGUUUUGAAAACCCACUCUGUGAACUCCGUAGAAGAUAAUCAUCAAAAUAUGUUCCUUGAAGUUCCCAAAGAAAGACCUUUUAUUCAGUUCCUCAAAUCUCUCCCUCUUGCUGACUCUGACGGAAGAUUGCAGUCCCAGAAAGGCUGAGGAGUGAAUUAACUCCAUAUUUUUGGUCAACUGAAAGAAAGCCGGAGUCGGCAACCACAGUGAGGUCGCCCACCGGCGACGGAGAUGCGUUGUGUGUUACAGAAGAGGAGCCGGCUGGUGACGACGAGGACAUGCCGACCUUCCCAUGUGCACCAGAGGACCGGCCAGGGCCCCGCUGCAGCCGCUGCCAGAAGAACCUGUCUUUGCACACAUCGGUGCGGAUUCUUUACCUCUUCCUGGCCCUGCUCCUAGUGGCCGUGGCCGUGCUGGCCUCCCUGGUUUUCAGGAAAGUGGACUCUCUCUCAGAAGACAUCUCCCUGGCCCAGGCCAUUUAUGACAAGAAGCUUAUGUCUAUGCAGGAAAAUCUCCAAGGACUGGAUCUGAAAGCCCCAAACAACUGUUCCUUCUGCCACGAGGCUGGGCAGCUGGAGCAAGAGAUCAGAAAACUGCAGGAGGAGCUGGAGGGAAUUCAGAAGAUGCUUCUGGCCCAGGAGGUGCAGCUGGACCAGACCUCUCAGACCCACGAGCUGCUCUCCACCACCAGCAGUCAGAUCUCCCAGGAGAUGGGCAGUUGUUCAUUCUCCAUCCACCAGGUCAACCAGUCUCUGGGGCUCUUUCUUGCCCAGGUGAGAGGCUGGCAGGCCACCACGGCUGGCCUGGACCUCUCUCUGAAGGACCUCACCCAGGAUUGCUAUGAUGUCAAGGCUACAGUCCACCAGAUCAACUUCACCGUGGGGCAGACUUCGGAGUGGAUCCACGGGAUCCGGCGGAAGACUGACGAGGAGACCCUGACCCUCCAGAAGAUUGUCACCGACUGGCAAAACUACACCCGACUCUUCAGCAGCCUGCGCACCACCUCAGCCAAGACCGGAGAAGCAGUCAAGAACAUCCAGGCCACCCUGGGGGUCUCCUCCCAGCGCAUCAGCCAGAAUGCCGAGAGCAUGCACGACUUGGUGCUGCAGGUCAUGGGCCUGCAGCUGCAGCUGGAUAAUAUCUCGUCCUUCCUGGACGACCACGAAGAGAACAUGCAUGAUCUGCAAUACCACACCCGCUAUGCCCAGAACCGCACGGUGGAGAGGUUCGAGACGCUAGAAGGACGCAUGACUUCGCAUGAGAUCGAGAUCGGCACCAUCUUCACCAACAUCAAUGCCACCGACAACCACGUGCACAGCAUGCUGAAGUACCUGGACGAUGUGCGGCUCUCCUGCACGCUGGGCUUCCACACCCACGCUGAGGAGCUCUACUACCUGAACAAGUCCGUCUCCCUCAUGCUGGGCACCACAGACCUGCUCUGGGAGCACUUCAGCCUGCUCAGUGCGCGGCUGGACUUCAACGUCCGAAACCUCUCCAUGAUCGUGGAGGAGAUGAAGGCUGUGGACACGCAGCAUGGAGAAAUCCUUCGCAACGUCACCAUCCUAAGAGGUGCCCCCGGCCCUCCAGGACCAAGAGGACUCAAAGGAGACAUGGGCACGAAGGGGCCCGUUGGCAGCAGAGGACCAAAAGGAGACCCUGGUAGCUUCGGCCCCCCGGGACCCCAGGGGCCUCAGGGGCAGCCUGGAGACAGAGGACCUGUGGGAGAAAGGGGGCCGGUUGGCCUUCGAGGUUUCCCAGGCCUCAAAGGCUCAAAGGGAAGCUUUGGAAGUGGAGGCCCAAGAGGACAGCCAGGCCCCAAGGGGGAUGUGGGGCCCCCAGGGCCAGAGGGGCCCCCAGGGUCUCCAGGACCCUCAGGGCCUCAAGGAAAACCAGGGAUUGCUGGGAAGACAGGGUCCCCGGGCCAGCGGGGGCCCAUGGGGCUUAAGGGUGAACCAGGGAUCCAGGGGCCCCCUGGAGUCCCAGGGCCCCCAGGCCCACCAGGAAGCCAGAGGCGCUGCUAAGGGCCCCAGUCCCAGACACUGCUACACAGGAUGGCAGGAAGGGCCUCAGGGCAGAGCGAGCCCCCCAGAAAGCCACACCUACAGACGGUUGUGGUCCUUUGAUCCCAAAGGGGCCUCCCCCCGGCCUGUCCCUGCACCUCCGGGCUCCCCAGUACUGACUGUACCAUAGAAAGCAGCCCCUCACACACACAUGUACACGCACACAACGUUUCUCUGCUGCCCAGUGGGGCCAACCAGGCUUCCCUGGCUGGGCAGGAGGAGAGGGCAGGGGGAGAUGCCCCCUCUCCUGUGACUGAGCCUGCCAGGGAGGUGGCUACCUUGGGAGGAAGGUCUUGAAUCUAUUUCUGAAUUCCCGACCAACUCAGCUUUCCAGCAUCUUCAGAACCAACCUGGCCAGCAGUUCCCUGUGGCUCCCAGUGCUUGAGAAGACCCAGGAAAACCUUUGCAGGGGAUGUGGUUCAAACUCUAGGGACAAGGGGGAUUUGGCGACCAAAACAUUCUCCUCCUAACCUUGGGAAUGGAGUCCCGGGAGCUGCCCCUGCCUCAUCCGGGCCAGAGGGACUCCACCUGUGCCGCCGUCCCCAGGCUCUGCGCACCGUGCUCCCAUGAGUUCAGCAAUUUUUUCAUGUCUCCAGAAAAUUCCUCACUUCAUCCUUGCCUCCUUCUCCCAGGAGCAUCCUAGAAGAAAUCCAAGGAGGAGUCUCAUCUGCAUGGGAAGGCUAUCUAGGCCCUGGAACAUUCUCCCAGAGUGGUGCCCAGCAGCUGGGACGCUGGAGGAAGGGGGGGUGGGGGGACAGAAGCAAGUGUGAAGAGGCCGGGGUCGGCGGGCUGUCUGCGGAGUUGGCUCCCUUGCUCUGCACCAGGCCAGCCUGCUCCCCUCCUGGGACGGGCCCCUCUGUGGCGGCUGAUGGAGGCCAAGCCGGGUAACAACAGCUCUCCCCUCCUGCACCCAGCUCUCCUGCCCACAGGUGCCCGCUCACCUCACCCUACCAUGACUCAGAAUGGCCCGAGGCCUCUCUGCAUGGGCAGCAAGACUGGACGUGAGGACAGAGGGCCUGAAUGUGCACAAGAGGCUUACUUUGACAUCACCCCUGACCACCUCCAGCUUCCUGCGCACACGGGCACAAAGGAGCCCUGGGAAGCUCCCCUGGCAAGGUGAAGGCAGCCCACAGGCUAAACUGGUUGUGGAGCUGCCCUCCUUGGUGUUCAACAGAUUCCGACCACUCCUGGGCCGGGGCAUGGAGCUGUCUCCUCCCCGGCCCGACUCAGACACCAGCCCCUUUCAGCCUUCCAAAAGCCUCCAUGCCACCUCCCUUCUCGUAAUAGGCGUGCAACUGGUUUGCACUCCCGCCCGCCCCCACUGCCGUGUAAUCCUGUCUACAUAUGAUAUCACGCGACGUAGUAUUACUGACUCAGUAAAGAGCUCUUUCCAGGAGGGAGGUGUCUUCUGGUCCUUUCGGCCCAAGCAGGGUCAUAAUGCCUCACCUGCCCUCGAAGGGAAACCAGUGGACGAGGGGUCCCCUAGAUACUCACUGUGGAGUUUGGGUCUCACCCCCUUCCCCUCCAUCUAGAAACACUGAGCUCUGCCAGGAAUUCAUGGUGGUCCUGUUGGGGCCAGGGACCAAGAGCACGUGGGGGAAUUACCCACAACGAGCAGGAACCCAGUGAGAAACAAGGUGAGCUGGACAUCUGAGUGAUACCUUCCCAAGGCUUCCCUCUGCCGCCUCUAAGACCGGCAGAUAAAAGAGAAAAGGAGGAAGAGGCCAGGCUAGACCUUCCCCCCGAGGGCCUGGCUCUCCAGAAUCCACAGGAAACAGAGCACAGCUGGGUCCCCCGUGAAUCAGCCAGGCUGAUGGACCAGGCUAAUGUCUUAGUCCAUUUGGGCCGCUCUCACAGAACACCACAGCCUGCUGACUUAUAAACAGCAGACAUUUCUUUCUCGAGGUUCUGGAGGCCAAAAUCCAUGCUCAAGGUGCUGGCAGAUUUUAGGGUCUGGUGAGGCCUUGCUUGUUGGCUCACAGCUGGCCAUAUUCUCACCCUGCCCUCACAUGGCAGGAAGGGGGAGGAAGCUCUCUGGGGUCCCUUUUAUAAAGGCACUAAUCCCAUUCAUGAGGGCUGCACCCUCAAGACCUAAACACCUUCCAAAAGUUCCACGUCCUAAUACCAUCCCACUGGGGGUUAGGGUUUCAACAUAUAAAUUUGGGGGAGACACAAAUAUUCAGUAUGGUAGCAUAGUGUAUUCAAUUGCUGGUAAAACAUGGCCUAGGGUAAGUCCUAUGCCCUGUUUUGCUUUUGUAUUUUGUACUUUUGUAUUUUCGUAUUUUCACCAGAGAAACAAAACCAAUAGACUAUACAGUAGUCCCCCAUUAUCUGUGAAGGAUAUGUUCCAAGACCCCCAGUGGAUGCCUGAAACCACAGAUAGUACUAAACCCUAUAUAUAUUAUGCUUUUUUCCCCAAAUAUACAUACCUAUGAUAAAGUUUAAUUUAUAAAUUAGGCACAGUUAAGAGGUUAACAACAAUAAUAAUAAAUAGAACAAUUAUAACAAUAUACUGUAAUAAAAGUUCUGUGAAUGUG